CUUACUGGUUCUCUGGACACCUGGGCUUUUCACAUGAAAGCCAGGUGCAAAGCCUGGCAACGUCACUAAAUGAGCCCUGCAUCAAAAACUCCUUCCUUUAAAUGAGAGGACCAAACAGGACGGUGUGAUGAACAUGCCACUGCAUCAGAUCUCUGUCAUUCCAGCUCGGGAUGUCACCUCUUCCAGAGUAUCUAGGAGUAAGACCAAAGAAAAAGAGAGAGAGGAACAGAAUGAGAAGGCUUUGGGACAUUCCGUGAGCCGUUCCAGUAACAUCUCAAAGGCUGGCAGUCCAACCUCCGUUUCUGCUCCUCAUAGCUUCUCUCGAACCUCUGUUACACCAUCCAAUCAGGACAUCUGCAGUUCCAGUGCAGUAUUUUCUGAAUGUUGUCAUCACAGUCCAGUGCAGUCUGCUGUUGUCUUGAAAAAUCCUCACUGCCAGAAUUCUCUGACACAGGGGGUCACAGUGACAGUAAUCUGUCAGGACACGUUACAGGCAUCAAAGAGAAACUCCCAUGGGCAGGAUUGGGUCCAUGCGCUUGAGUCUGCUAAAAAUGCAAAAGCCGCCAGAGCUCUUAAAUUCUCCAAGUCCCUCAAGGACAUGGACCAGAAGGCACAGAGCACCACAGAGGGCUCUAACUAUGGGGAGCGAACGUGCUCUGAAGGCAAACUGACCCCGACACAGGAGCAGUGUUUAAGGAUUAACAGAUUUAAUCAGAAAGAGAAGAAAUCACUCAAUCUCAGGCCUUCUUUUAGCAAUUCUAAACACUCUUACAUGCCGUCUCUUUCCCCCACCUACUCGAGCGCUUCGGGAGCAGCCGAGAACCACCACGCGGUGCAUAUACCUCUCCUGGAUGACAAGGUGGACAAUGAGAUGUCAGCAAGAAGCAAAAAGCUGCUGCGCUACCUCUUUUCCUUCUCCCACAGCUCGAGUGCCAGCAGCCUGCAUAAGUUCCAUGAACUAGAGAGCUAUCCAAGCCACUUCCAAACUGCAAAAUCCUCCAGCGUGCUGGUGGAAAGCACAGGCUUCUGCUCUGAUGACAUGGGGGAUGAUGACGUAUUCGAGGACAGUGCCUCCGUGAGGUUGAAAUCAAAGGAGCUGCGGGCACCACUGUGUUCAGUUGAGAAAGACAGUGACCUAGACUGCCCUUCUCCCCUGUCAGAAAAAUUCCCCCCUCUUUCCCCUGUGUCCACGUCGGGGGAUGCCUGCAGGAUAUGUCACUGUGAAGGAGAUGAGGAAAGCCCCUUGAUUACCCCCUGUCACUGCACAGGAAGUCUUCAUUUCGUGCACCAAGCCUGCCUGCAGCAGUGGAUCAAGAGCUCAGACACUCGAUGUUGUGAACUCUGCAAGUAUGAGUUCAUCAUGGAGACCAAAUUAAAGCCCCUACGAAAGUGGGAGAAGUUGCAGAUGACGGCCAGUGAGAGGAGGAAGAUCAUGUGCUCUGUAACAUUUCAUAUCAUUGCCAUCACCUGCGUCGUGUGGUCUCUGUAUGUCCUUAUAGACAGGACUGCUGAAGAGAUUAAACAGGGACAGACUACUGGGAUUCUAGAGUGGCCAUUUUGGACUAAGCUGGUAGUUGUGGCUAUUGGCUUCACUGGAGGACUUCUAUUCAUGUAUGUCCAGUGCAAAGUGUAUGUACAGCUGUGGAAGAGACUUAAGGCUUAUAACCGAGUAAUAUAUGUACAGAACUGUCCAGAAACUAGCAAAAAGAGUAUCUUUGAAAAACCUGCAUUAAUGGAGCCAAACAUUGAAAAUAAAGAAAUGCUUGGGGUCCACCAUUCAGAUACAAACUCUUCACAUUACACAGAGCCUGAAGACUGUGGUGCAGAAAUCCUUCAUGUCUGAUCUUUGGGGGCCAGGGCAUGGUGAGGGUUCUGUAUGUUCCUGAGGAUCAAAAGCAUCAUUGUUUACUGCAAACUGCUCUACCAUUUUAAAAUCAGCUAACAGCCUAGCACUGGCGGAUUACUUUAAAAAAAAAAAAAAAAAAGCAUUUGUUUUACCCCCCUGACAUAUCUGUCAGUAUGUUAUCAUGGUUCCAUACCUCUCGAUGUUUCGUCUCUCAGACUGGCCUGUACAAGGAGACACCGGAGGCUUCACUGGAUGAGGCAAGGCGUCAGAGUAUGGCAAGUCUGGUGUGAACCAUCAUCAACUUCAUGGAGUCUGCUUCUUUUUAAAAGACAGCUCGCUCUAAACUAUCCCAAAAUGCAUGUGGGGUAAUGUAAGCCUUGAUGAGAAGAUGGCUUCAGACAUCGAGGAACAGCUGAGAGAGAGGAACGAGAGACCUAGAAUCUAAUCUACCGCUAACACUGCCACUAACAUUUCUUGUAGGCAGCGGCUAUAAGAUUAUGCUUUACAUAUUGUGAUAAAGGACUCACAAAGCAUAUAGCACUUUUUAAAGUCUUUAUUUUGUAGUAUAUGUGUCCAAUGAGAAUGAAACUUGAAAGAAUGUCUCAUUUCAAAAUACCCCUUUUUAAUACUCUCUCUUGAUCCACUUACAUCCUGUUAGGUCCUAAACCUCUUGCCUUACAAAAAUCUAAUGUGGUGUCCAACGCAUACCCACAGUAUAACACUAAAAACUCUGCUUCUUAGGGGUUUUCUCUCAGGAGAAAAUUUUUCAAAGAAUAUUGCACUUGUGACUUGUAAAUGGAGAGUAGUGGGUGUAAAAUGUUUGUUUUAAUAUGUAAUGGUUUGUUAUUCUGUUCUGGGGUUGUGGGUUUUUUUGUUUGUUUUAAAUCAACUACAUAGUUGAUAGACCUGCACAUAUCGCUGAUGUAACUAUCAUUCCAGCCACUGGCGAAGGGGCUUGGACACUGUAUUGGUAUAAUGUGAGCUCUUUAGGAAAAAAAAUACAGCUGAAAAUGGUCUGUCUUCUUUAAUGCUGUAUUCUGUGUGACUCCCAAGAAUUUGACAACACAAAGAAGGGUUGUUGGAAACAACUAAUAAGGAGUAAAUAUUGCAUAGGGUCUCCUAUUUCUACAUAGCUGAGGUUGAAACCGUCUUCUUGUUUUAGCCCAAAUUUUGAUAUAUUCCUUGGUCGGAGUGAUUUUGAUUUGUUUGUUUUAAACCCGUGAAUGGCUGAUGGUAUGAACUGUUUGAUGGGAAGAGGAACAUGUAUGGAGUCAGGAUGAAGAGUGCUGGGUAGAGUUGUCCAAAUGUUUAAAAGUACAUGAGCUUUCUUAGGGAAUCAUUCUUUCAACUAGAGUAAGGGUGAAGGUUGUCUCAAUCCCAGACCUCAUUAAACCAGACCGUAGUGUCAGCAUAAUUGAAAUGGAAAAGUCAUAAUUAAAAGGUAUUGCACAAGGUUCCUAGUUUUAAGAGCUGACUUGCUCCAUUCGAGUCCAAUCCAACUGCCAAUAAAGUCAAUGGGAAUCUUUUUAUUGACAGUACUGGGAGUUGCAUUGGGCCUCUUAGUUCAUUAGGAAAUCUGUUUACGUGUUGGAGUAUUUGACCAAAUCCCAAGGUCUUUAUCCAGGGGUUUUUCAAUCCUUUCUCAGGCAAACUCCUACUGAGCAAGGGUUUGGCCCAAUGAAAAUAGUUGGACACUGGAAAGGAAAAACUGCAGAUCAGAGAAAUUUCCAUAAAAAUGUGACAUUAAUUUCUGUCUUGAACUUUUUGAUAAAAAUCUGUGGAUUUCUUUGAGGCAAAGGAGGGAGGAUGCUAAGGGGACAUCAGCCAGUGGUUUCUCAAACGUGUGUGUCUGUGUGUGCAUGCGCACUCCCCCCCCCAACUUACUGGCCCUGGUCUUUGUUAAUAACAUGUACCCUGUUUUUGGGAUGCUUUAAAACAUUGCAGGUCUCUAGACAAUAUAGCAAACUGCAUUGGCAUAAACUUAUUGCUGUGGUGGGGGCCAUGAUGGUCCAUGCUCAGCCAGUGUAGACAG